AUGGCUACUUUUGAAGCUUUUCCACAGUCGGAUGCAAUGCCCGAGUUGGAGGCAAAACUGGAUGAUGACUACCAUAUACAGGACACACUCAAGUUCGAUCGCACCGUUUUGACGCCCAGUGUCGUGCGCUAUCUACUCGGUCAGUACGAUCGUUGCAUCAGACCGCAAUACGAUAUACCGAUUCCCGAACUUUCGAAUCAAGACGCAACGCUGCUGAAGAAAUUACCAGAUCAUCCCAAGUUCAAAAUACUCAUUGCAUGUGCCAUUGCUGCUGCGCGGGAAAGCUACAGAUCUCCCCAAUGGAAAGCCAUGUCACAGUUGUGCAGGGACUGGGCCAACGAGUCCAUAAACACCAUCAUCUCCUCAUGGGACGGCGAGUCACUGACGGCGAUACUGCUGCUUCUCAUUUACGAGCUAGCUGACUCGAGUAGGGGAGUCGCCUGGGAGUUGUUAGACCUGGCCAUACGAACAUGCUUACAGCUCGGAUGGCACAGGACAAACGGGACACUCGAGUCCGGUCCAGUUGUCUAUGACUCUUCCGACAGCUCUAACAAGGCCCGGCUGAUGUCCGUCUUGAAAUCAAUAGAAGGGUAA